AUGAUGGGGAAGGCCACAUUCGACACAGCUGAUGGAUUCAGCAGAAGUUCUGACUCUGAAGUCCGUUUACUAUUCCCAGAGCCACGGUCAGGCGAACAUGGUGAGCGAGAGGCGCGUCCCUCCCCUGUGUCAGUAUCCUGGUCGCUUGUCGAACCUGGGCUGCAAGACCUGUCACAAGAUUGCCGACAGUACAUACGCUACUUCGAUCUCGAGCUGUCAAAAGAAUGCGUCGUAUACAACAAUCCGUCAGCGAACCCCUUCCUCGCACUGAUGCCUCUUAUGCCUGGUAGUCACGCCUUGUCCCACAUUAUGGUCUCGAUAUCAGCCUUCCACUUUACGCAUCGGAUCGUGAUUAAUCACAUUCAAGCCCCUUCGGGCAGCAGCAGAUUUCCCACCCAAGUCUCGGAGGACUGGUACUCGCCGGAAGACCAUGCCUGGCAAAAGAACCAGCCCAACUAUGGCAACUCACUCAGCACAGCCUUGUCGCACAAGCAAAAAGCCCUCGAGUAUUUAAAACACGAACUCCAAGUUCACCCCGAGAGAAACAGCGACGCGGUUAUUGCAGCAGUCAUCCUCUUUAUCUGCCUGGAUGUGGUCGAGUUCGGAGGUCGAGGGUGGAAACAUCAUCUGCGUGGUGCUGAAGAAAUGAUUCGAAGUCGCAAGUCAGCAUCAAGAGGAGACUUGGACUCGGCCAGGUGGCUCACAUACUUUGACACAGCGUGCACGACGUAA